CUGAUCUGGAUCAAGUGCUAAGUUGUGAUCAAUCAAUGGACGAGUUGGAAGGAGUGAAUGAGCUGGACCAGCUUUUCCCUGAAUAUCAGAAUGACUUUGGAAAACAAACCAACGUAGUUCAGCCAAUUGGACAGAUGUUCAAUCUAGCUGAAUACCAUCAGCUGCACCUGGGCAGUGAGCGAAUCAGAGUUCCUGAGAUUCUAUUUCAACCAUCGUUGAUUGGCGAAGAGCAGGCUGGUAUUGCAGAAACCCUGCAAUAUGUCCUGGACAGAUAUCCUAAGGAGCAGCAGGAUGAACUUGUACAAAAUGUAUUCCUCACUGGCGGCAAUGUCCUAUAUCCUGGGAUGAAGACCCGGAUGGAGAGGGAGCUACUUGCCAUGAGACCAUUUCGAUCCUCUUUCCAGAUAACGAUGGCUGCCGAUCCUGUUCUGGACAGCUGGUUAGGUGCACGGGAUUGGGCUGUUGAGUAUAAGGAUCAAACUGAGGGCUGGAUAACUUUGGCUGACUAUGAAGAGAAGGGAGGAGAGUACUUAAGUGAACACGUUGCUUCCAAUGUUUACGUGCCAAUGAGCCUUACGAAACCAACUUAAGAGUGCUGAUAUGUGAAUGGAUUCCAGGAUAUGUUUAGCUCAUGACAUUUCUUUUGUCAUAAAAAAAGCCUUUAUUGAUCAAAGGAUUGAAACUUUUAAGUACAUUGGAGACUGUACAAAAUAAAUACUUUUUGUAACAAU